CCUCAUCAUGGACUCUCGAUGUCUAUUCAUCUUCCUACCAGUUACAGAAUAAUCCAUUUAAAACCCUCCAUUAAUCAAUCACCCACAAUCUCUAAUCAAUGCGAGCCCCAUCCCUCCAAGGUGGUGUAGACUCAGCUAAAAAAAUGUAAGCUUCAUGCUUUGAGAAUCAUCAUUUCAUUAGCUAUAAUCUAUCAAUAAACUACUAUUGUCAGCUAUGGCUAAUGUUUCGGUCUUCCUCUCCGAUUUGCUGACGGGCCGCUCCACCUCCACCGUCCAAGUUUGCCUGGGAGGCCAGGAACGUCUACCGUGGUGGAGAUCUCAUGGGAGUGGAUAUGGUCCUCCUAGAUUAUCAGGUAAGAGAGAGCCUAAUGAUGCUUUGGAUACCAAAGUGAACAUAAAAGAAGAAGAAAGACGUUAUUGCUGCUGUUCAAAAAAGAAAAAAGAUGAGUACAAGUGCCCAAGAAGGUGGAGACCUUUGACUCAUCAGAUUCCUUAUAUUAUGAUAUUUCGCAAGGCUAAGAAAGUCCCUUUCAAGAAAGUUCCUGUUAAGGCUGCCUCAAGCAGUGAUGGCUAAUAUAACGACUCCUCUUUCUGGAAUUGAUGGUCUUAAGACACAACAAAGAAAGAGUCUUGGUUUAAUUAGUAGCUAACCCUUAUAUAAUCUUCCUGGACAAGCCUAUAUUUAGUCUUGAUGCAAGGGCUGCCGCCAUUUUUAUGUGUAAAGUAAGAGACAUCAACGGGAGAAAGGUCGCAUGUCCCAUGGCCAGCCCAACGUCUACAUUUUUAAAUCUUUGAUUAGGUUUGCCUAUGGAACAUUCUACUUUUGAGUUCUGAAACCAGAAUUCAGUUCAUCUUUAUGUCACUACAUUUUCAAUGGAGUCACUAAUGAGCUUGGACUUUUCAAAAAUAUACGCCAGCUUCUCUCUUUAUG